UAUUUCUCAAUUGUUUCAGUUUUUGCGAGUUCAUUUCAUCCGCGUUUAAAUUUACAAUAUGUUUCUCGGCAAUACUCGGUGUGAUAUGUUUGAGCUUCAAUAUGUUUCAAGUUUUUCAGGUUGUUACAUUCGGUGGUAAGGUCGAGGAAUUCUUCUUGCAUUUAGCGUGCAUAAUUCCCAUUCUUGUAUACAUGUUCAAUUUUAGUUACUUAGGUCAAGAAAUUACAGAUGACAAUGACAAUGUAUUUCUCAGCACGUACAAUGUUUGUUGGUACGCAGCACCACUCAGUAUACAAAAAUUGAUAUUAAUUCUGUUGCAAAGAGGCAGUAAACCGUACACUUGGUCUGCUGCUGGAUUUUGA